AUGGCGACCUUCAGUAGCGAUAAUCCCAUAUGCGGCAAGUGGAAACUUGACCAUAGUGAAAAUUUUGAAGAAUACUUGAAAGCUGCAGGUGUUGGCGCUAUUAAGAGGCAACUAGCCAAACGGACCUCCCACAUUGAGCAAACCAUUAAAUGCCUAGAUGGUAAUAAGGUCGCUAUUAAAAUUUGGUCACGUGUACUUACCAAGGAAGAUACUUAUGUAAUUGAUGAAGCGAUUGAUGAAGAAACCUUGGAAGGCGAGAAAGUGAAGGGUACUAUGACAUUUGAUGGAACCAAAUUGACCAACACUAUGGCGGGAACUAAAAAGAGCCCAGCUUAUACUAUCAGAUACAUAGAGGGAGACAACCUCGUACAUGAAUUUCAUUAUUCCGGUACAACCUGCAAACGUUUUUACAACAGAAUGGAAUAAAGUAUUUUAUACAGCUUUAACAAUAUCUUGAUUCCACGAAUUACAUAAUUGUAGUUUUAAAAAAUUAGGAAAGUAGUAAGUAGGUAGGACUACUAAUAUUUAUUGAGGAUAGAACCUUGAUGAGUGAAGUUCUUAGUAAAGUUUAUGUCAUUUCGAGGUUUCUAUCCUCUUUAGCCUUGAUAUUGUUAUUUAUUUAACUGUUGCUGUUAGUGUGUGCUACUGAUGUUGUGAUUAUUGUUGUGGUCUGGAUAGUAGAGGAUUUACUAUCAUUAAAGUCUAACCUUAAACUUUCUUAUUUCGAUCUUCUGCUUUAUCUAUUAUGGACUUCACUAGUAUUUUUAUUCAUUGUCGUUGCAAUGCUAUUCAUUCUUAAUCCCAGCUUCGAAUAGCCUUUUCUAUUGGUAUUGCGAGUGUUUUAAUUAAUUUUGGUAUGGUAUAUCUUAUAUUAGCUUCGAGUGAUUGAACAGCAACUUUGUUAGGAGUAGAAUAAUACUAAAUCGGUUUAAAAGACGAAUAAACUAUAUUAUC